GGAAAAUCAGGGAAAAGUCGAUUUAUUUACGUUUGUAGACAAAGAAAUGAGAAGUGAAUCAGUGUAAUUCAAUUUUGUUUAUUAAAAAAAUAUACUGACCAUGUUAGGACGAAGAAAAUCUAUAAGUAACGGGAACAAAGGCUACUAAUAUAAAUAUUUUAAAUAUUGUAAAUAAUUCUUGAAGCAAUAAAUUUCAAGAUGAUAUUUUCAAAAACAGCGAUAUCCUUAGUUUGUGUUCUAUUGCUCUUAUCAGUAUUUAUGGCAAAUUUAUUAAAAAUAAUCGCAACAGAUCACAACUUUUAUGCCGAGAAUCAAAGCGAAGGAGCGAAUUUCACUAGUUAUUUAGGAGAAAAAUAUGGCAAAAUCAAUGAUUCGCCUCAUAAUUUGAUAUGGUUUUUGCAAAUUUCUGACAUACACAUCAGUAUAUUCCGGGACCCGGGAAGAAUUUCGCAAUUUCAACAAUUUUGUGACAGUACAGUGAAGAAAAUUAAGCCUCACAUUGUAUUAGCAACUGGUGAUCUCACCGAUGCAAAAGCCAAGGAUAAUCUCGGCAGCUCCCAAGUGAAAACCGAAUGGGUCUACUACUACAAUAUUAUAAAAGAAUCUGGUGUUACUGAACAUACAACAUGGCUAGAUAUAAGGGGAAAUCAUGAUAAUUUCAACAUACGCACCUUAAAUUCUCAAGAGAAUUAUUUUCGAAAUUAUUCAGUACAAGGAAGUACUAAUUCAAGGUCAUAUGUUCAUAUUGUAAAACAUAAUGGCGUGAGUGUGGCAUUUUUGGGAAUCGAUGCAUGCCCGGAGCCUGGAUUGCGAAGACCUUUUAACUUUAUUGGUAUCUUGGAUGCCCAGGAACAACAAGUUAUCCAGAGAUUGAAAACUGAGGCAGAGAGCAAUGCAGAUCAUAUUGUUUGGUUUGGACACUAUCCAACAUCGUGUAUAUUGCCGUUGCAACAGGACUCGGAAAAAAUCGAUGUGAGACAAUUUAUGGGCAAUACUAAAGGAUCACAGGUUUACGUUUGCGGUCAUCUGCAUUCCAUGGGUGGAAUGGUCCCAAGGAUGUACACAAAGCAUAAAAAGGGCUACUUGGAACUUGAAUUGGGUGACUGGAAGGAUAAUCGAAUGUUUCGUUUAGCUGCUAUUGACCACGGAUUAUUCUCGUUUGUCGAUCAAAAGCACAACACUUGGCCACUUGUUCUGGUAACGAAUCCGAAGCACGCUCGAUUCACUUUGCCUGGACGUGAGCCGCUGCAAUUAAUGCCCAAAUCCUCCCACAUAAGAAUACUAGCAUUUAGCGAUGUUAAAAUGGAAAGUGUAAAAAUAUCCUUCGAUAAUAUUAGUUGGAUGAAAUGUAAAGGUACCAACAAGCCACUUUUCGUGUGCCUUUGGCUGCCACACGUGUUCAAAGAUGGAGUUCAUAAGUUAUAUGUUUCCGCAGUGGAUGAAAUGGGCAGAAAAACUGAUGUAGAACAUCUGUUUUCUUUAGAUGGUUCUGUGGUGACAUUUGAAAUAAUACCGAGGAUUUUACUUAUGUUAGAUGCUGGUGUAGUGUUUCAGGCGCUAUUUGGAACUCUAAUAAUGAUUAAUGUCUUGCCAUUAGUGAUACUGAGGUUACAAAAAAGACCACCAAAAUAUAGAAGAAAAUAUGGGCGGCAAAUGUUGCGCAGAGUUUGGCUAUUGAGCAAAAUCGAUCGGGUGUUUUAUCCAAUCAUACUCUACGCGAUUUACUUACCCCUGGGGCCAUGGGCAGUUGGAGAACUAAUUGAUGGAUACAUAGGUGCCAUUUUCGCCUGGGGGAUAUUGAUUAAAGGAUCUUUUAUACCUGAACCAUUUACAUACAUGUACGGCAGUGUACAGUUAAUGUUUGUACAGAUACCACUCAUUGUUGUAUUGGCACAUUGUCUGGAGACUAGACUUUUUUGUCAAAAUAUCAGAUCCUACCAGCGACUGUUAAAAAAUUUGCCGUUCAUUUUUAUUUUAUCGAUACAGUUAUUGUUGGCAUACUUUUUCUGGCUGGAAUAUGGCACACUAUCGUUUAUGUUUGGCCCUUUGAGAACCUGGAGUGUCGCUUUAAGCAUAUUAUUGUGGUACAAAACUUUAACUCUACCUCCUGAGCUUUGCAGAUAUCUGACCAGAUUAAAUGAAACGCCAUCUUAAGUAUGCGAGCUUGAUGUAUAUCUGAGAAAAGUAGUGCUAAAGCGCAACAUGCCAAUGUCGCGUAGUGUGGAGUCACGAAGGAGAGUGGCCGGUUUAUCUAAGAACACUGCAAAGAAAUUUAUAUAUAUAAUAUAUAUGUAUAUAUAAUAUAUAUAUGCAACCUUAAAAUGUGGACUUUUCUCCCCGGCUGAAAAUCUCCUAUGAAUACCUAACUAAUUGUUUCUGCAUUUGUAACUGUACUUAGUAUAAUUUGGCAUAAAGUUUUACAAUGCAAAAUUAUAACUUAUUAUCAUAAUUUAGACUAAUAAAUUCCUAGUGAUUUUCUGUGAUCAUAUUUACUAAAUCCCUAUCGAGUGUAAACUUUUAGGUCUAUAGAUUUAUAGAUCCUUUAUUUGUCAAAGCCUUAUUAUCGCUUAAAAUCACUUAAUCCUUACAUCUAAUGUAUAUAACCUUUUUUUAAGGAGCACAAUAUUAGUACAGGGGCACUUGCUUUGGGGUUAAUAAGACUAUUAAGAGAGAAAUGAUACAAGGUAAUUUGGAAAGGAGUUACUAAUACCAGUA